AUGAAAAAGCAAUUUUUUGAUUUCAUGGAAAAGAUACCUAAAAAUGGACAUGCAGAAGAAGCACCUUCACUGAAGCCUGGAGAGGAGCAUUGGUAUUUACCUUCCUUUGGGGUAUUUCAUCCAAAAAAACCAUCUCAAAUAAGAGUUGUCUUCGACUCUAGUGCACAGCAUAAUGGACUUUCCUUAAAUCAAGUACUUUUGACAGGGCCUGACCUCAAUAAUAGCCUCAUCGRUGUUCUUCUGAGGUUCAGAAAGGAACCAAUCGCCUUUUCAGUAGACAUACAGCAAAUGUUUUACUGUUUCACRGUCAAACCAGAAGACCGCAAUUUUCUCCGGUUUCUCUGGUUCAAGAAUAACGAUCCUGACGGAGAAAUAACAGAAUACCGCAUGAAGGUGCACAUUUUCGGGAAUAGCCCUUCCCCUGCAGUAGCUAUUUACUGCCUCAGAAGAGCAGCAGAAGCCGGUCAAACGGAUUUUGGAGAGGAUGCUAGACAGUUUGUUGUCCGUGAUUUCUAUAUGGAUGAUGGCCUGAAAUCUCUUCCUUCUCCAGAGGAUGCCAUUAGCCUUCUGAAAAGGACGCAAGACAUGCUAACUUGUUCAAAUCUCAGGCUACAUAAGCUGGCUUCUAACAGUAAAAGGGUGAUGGAAGCCUUUUCCUGCAAGGAUCAUGCUACAAACCUGAAAGACCUGGAUCUUGAUUCCGAUAAUCUGCCUAUGCAACGCAGUUUGGGUUUGCUGUGGGACUUGGAUUCAGACAGUUUCACUUAUCAAGUUCAAGAGGAGAGAAAAGCAUUCACCCGGCGUGGAAUCCUCUCCACUGUAAACAGUCUGUAUGACCCACUUGGAUUUGUGUCUCCUAUCACCAUUCAGGGUAAAGCACUUCUUCGGGAACUCACCAUAGAUUCCCCGGACUGGGAUGCCCCCCUUUCCCCAGAAAAGGAGAAGUUGUGGGAGAGCUGGAGAAACACUCUUAAAGAGCUGCAGCAUUUUAAGAUCCCUAGAUCRUACACACAUGUGCCACCAUCUGCUGCUAAGCACACGGAACUAUGUGUCUUCUCAGAUGCCUCAGAGAGAGCAUUGGUAGCAGCUGCAUAUUUAAAGACUGUAGAUGGACAUGGAAAAUGCUACACGGGUUUGAUAGCAAGUAAGGCAAGACUUGCUCCACGGCCUGGAUAUACUAUACCCAGACUGGAACUUUGUGCCGCAGUWAUGGCAGUGCAGUUGUCAGAGAUUAUUGUCUCUGAAAUUGACAUCCAUUUCACAACAAUCACCUUUUUUACAGACAGUAAAGUUGUUCUGGGUUACAUUUACAAUGAGAAAAGAAGAUUUCAUGUAUUUGUUCACAACCGAGUCCAAAGAAUCAGACGCAGCACACUGCCACAGCAAUGGCAAUAUGUGCACAUGGAGCACAACCCUGCAGACAUUGCAACACGACCUGUCCCAGCAGAACUUUUGAGGAACACAAUAUGGUUCACUGGCCCAGCCUUUUUGUCCAAACCAAAAGACACGCCAGUUGUAGAGCAAACAUUUGAGCUUUUGGAGCCAGAACGCGAUCCUGAAAUAAGAAAAGUGACAACUCUGUCAACAGUGGUGUCUCAGCACCUUGGAUCUCAUCGUUUCAAUSGCUUCUCRUGCUGGAGAACAGUUGUUAAAGCAGUUGGUGCUUUAAUCCACAUCAUUCAAUGUUUUGAAAAGGAACAGAGGGACGUCUCAACUGAGUGUAAAGGCUGGCAUGUGUGUUCCUCACACUUAUCAGUGGAUAUUCUCAAUCGCAGCACUACAGUCAUCCUCAAAACUGUUCAGCAUGAAGUCUUUGGAGAAGAGCUGGGACUAAUUGCUUCCAAUCAAAGCAUUCCAAAGAGUAGCCCACUCUGGUCUUUGGAUCCAUUCAUUGACAAGAAGGGAAUUAUACGAGUAGGAGGUCGCCUUCAGGAAGCAAGCUUKGGAUCUGAAGAAAAAAGACCUUUGAUUCUACCUGGCCAUCAUCAUGUCACCACCCUGAUAGUUCGUCAUUACCAUGAAGAGGUUCGACAUCAAGGGAGACAUUUUACUGAAGGAGCCAUCAGAUCUGCGGGUUUUUGGAUCCUCGGUUGCAAACGGUGUGUGAGUAAGCUCAUCUUUGAGUGCAUCACAUGUAAAAAGCUCAGAGGAAGGUGUGAAGUUCAAAAAAUGUCAGAUCUCCCAGCCGACAGGCUCAGCAUGGAACCGCCAUUUUCGAAUAUUGGCCUAGAUGUUUUUGGCCCCUGGUCUGUAUCUGCCCGACGAACAAGAGGAGGUCAUGCAGAGAGCAAAAGAUGGGCUAUUCUAUUCACCUGUUUAAGUGUUAGAGCUAUCCAUAUCGAGGUCAUUGAAUCUCUGGAUACCUCCACUUUCAUAAAYGGAUUGAGAAGGUUCCUGGCAAUCCGAGGACCAGUGAAACACAUCCGCUCUGAUAGAGGAACUAAUUUCAUUGGAGCCKCAAAAGUCCUAGGAAUCCCAUCAAACAUUGAUGAAGAAUCUGUGAAGAGAUUUCUCUCAGAUCAUGACUGUACUUGGACCUUCAACAGCCCACACUCUUCCCAUAUGGGUGGAGUGUGGGAACRGAUGAUUGGUGUCACACGCCGCAUUUUGGACGCAAUGUUUCUUCAGAUGGGAUCYUCCAAACUCACACACGAGGUGCUUGUAACCUUCAUGGCAGAGGUCACCGCCAUUGUGAACAACAGACCAUUAAUUCCUGUCUCCUAUGACCCCAUGGAUCCAUUCAUUCUUACACYUGCAACAUUGCUAACGCAGAAAGUGGGUCUUUGUCCGGCACCUAUAGGAGACUUUGACGACAAAGACUUGUCCCGACAUCAGUGGCGCAGGGYCCAAAGUCUGUCAGACACAUUCUGGGACAGAUGGCGCAAGCAGUAUUUAUCUACUCUGCAACCUCGCAAAAAGUGGACAUCUGAACACAGAAGCUUAAAACAAGGAGAUGUUGUGAUGUGA